ACGCAAUUUCAGAGAAAUUCGCCGACAUACUUUUACUUUUGCUAUUUUUAAACCAAAUAUUCAUCACUAACUCUCCAACCACAUAAGUCGCCACGCUACUUUUUGGAUUAUAAAAGGUAAAAACUCGGAACCCAAGCAGGUUCAUUCAGACAACUCAAUAUAGUGCAACCUUUGCUGUGGUAGUGGAAGCACACAAAGAGCACAACGUUACAUAUAGUAACUAUGGCGAGAGUGGGUAGAAUGAAACUUGGUUCAGAAGGGUUUGAAGUGUCUAUGCAGGGACUUGGGUGCAUGGGCAUGUCUGCAUUCUAUGGUCCUCCUAAGCCAGAGCCCGAUAUGAUUGCACUCAUCCACCACGCUGUCCAAAGCGGUGUCACUUUUCUUGACACUUCUGAUGUCUAUGGCCCUCACACCAAUGAACUCCUUCUGGGAAAGGCUUUGAAGGGAGGGGUUAGAAAGAAGGUUGAAUUGGCUACCAAGUUUGGAAUCAGCUAUCCUGAAGGGAAAUGGGAGAUCCGUGGUGAUCCAGCAUACGUGAGGGAUGCUUGUGAGGGCAGUUUAAAGAGGCUUGGUAUCGAUUGCAUCGAUCUCUAUUACCAACAUCGUAUUGAUACUCGUGUGCCUAUUGAAGUCACGAUUGGGGAGCUUAAAAAACUUGUUGAGGAAGGCAAAAUAAAAUACAUUGGUCUGUCUGAGGCCUCGGCUUCAACAAUCAGAAGAGCACAUGCAGUUCAUCCGAUAACAGCUGUGCAGUUGGAGUGGUCACUAUGGUCAAGAGAUGUGGAGGAGGAAAUAGUUCCAACAUGCAGGGAACUUGGUAUUGGAAUUGUUGCAUAUAGUCCUCUUGGGCGAGGAUUCUUGUCAUUGGGAACAAAGUUGCUUGAGAAUUUGGCACAAGAUGACUUCCGGCAGACUCUGCCUAGAUUUCAACCUGAAAAUUUGGAGCAGAACAAGACAAUAUUCGCAAGGGUUAAUGAACUGGCUGCAAAGAAGAGAUGUACACCAUCUCAGCUUGCAUUGUCCUGGGUUCAUCACCAAGGAAAAGAUGUGUGCCCUAUUCCUGGAACCACCAAACUUGAGAACUUCAAUCAGAACAUUGGGGCUUUGUCUGUCAAACUAACACCAGAAGAAAUGGCGGAACUUGAGUCCCUUGCUGCUCUAGAUGCUGUCAAGGGUGAUAGAUAUGCGGAUGAUGGUUUAUCUACGUGGAAGGACUCUGAAACUCCACCACUUUCUUCUUGGAAAGCUGCAUGAUGAAGUGCAUUGCUUAAUGCUUAUACAUGUGAUCCUUAAAUAUUUGAUGGUGCUACUUUAAGAAACAGAUUAGUCCGAGGGACAUGCCUUCGGAUUCAAAAGGAAUAUGGCUAUAUAAGCCUUUAUAGUUUCUAGCAGUUGAUGUGUCUUUAUUAGUGGUUUGAACUUUGAACUCUAUAUGUGUACGUAUAAUAUCAAAAUAAAUGAUGGUUAUGGCCUGACUUUUACUUAA